AACUGUCCUUCUGCCUGUAACUUGAGGACACGCCCCUUCUCCGAAUGGCAUGGAUCGCGCCAUAACGUAAAGUUCUAUCUACGUAGGAUGAACAUUUACAUUUCGUAUUUUUUAUUAUACAGCAUUUUACAUACUAUAUAUUAUUGUACGUUUAAUCCAUGCAUAAACUAUGACGCGAGAAGAGGAGUUAAUUCGGAUUGCAAAAAAGCUGGACAAGAUGGUGUCUAGAAAUAACACGGAGGGUGCCCUGGACCUGCUGAAUGAACUGAAGAGCUUCAACAUGACACUGAAACUUCUGCAGGAAACGAGAAUCGGCAUGUCUGUGAAUGGAAUCAGGAAGCACUGCACAGACGACGAGGUAGUUUCCCUGGCCAAGAUCCUCAUCAAGGACUGGAAGAGACUGCUGGAUGCUGCACGUACUCAGAGUACGGAGAGGCCCAAUAAGAUGAAGAAUGGGGUUGACUCCAACAAAUCCACAGGGUCCCCAGUCAGGUCCCCCUUAGAGAAAGACACCAGUCACAAGAGGCUGGAUGUUUCUGAUUCAGAACCUGAAUCUGAAAAGGAAGAAUACUCUGACAAACGGCAAAAAGAGAAGUACAAUGUUGAACACAAAAAAGACGAGAGAGCUGUUGACCUUAAAAAGGAGCGAUAUACAGAGGCAUUCAAAAACAAACGGCAUGCAGAACAAUCCAAAAACGGAAAACAUACAAAAGAUGCCAGAAAAGAAAGACAUGUAGAACACUUAGAAGAACCCAAAAAGGAGAGACACUUCGAAAAAUCCAGAAAAGAAAGACAUGUACCUAUACAUGACACAAAAAAUGAAAGACAUGUGCAAGAACCCAAGAAAGAAAGUAACCUCGAAGAACCCAAAAACGAGAGCCACACAGAUGAUCCGAGAAAGGAAAGACACACAGAUGAACGCAGAAAGGAGAUACCAAUGUACGAACCCCCACAAGAGAGACCUGUUGAAAACCACAGACAAGGGUUUGAGAGGAGAAGCGUCUUGGAUGAUCUUUACCCCUCUUGUUACUCUCCUCCUCGCCCCCCCCGACCACCCCGUCUUCCUCUCCCUGUCAGACGUAUGUCUGGGGAGGUGAAUAAAGGGGUGAAAAAAGAGGUGAAGAAGGAGAGAGAGAGGAGAGAUUCUUCAGACACUCUGUCUCCUUCUCAUCCUCGUCCCACCCCUCCGUCCAGACGUCCCUCAGUGAAGGUGAAGAAAGAGAGGAAAAAAGCUCCUCCUGACCCUAAUUCCCCACUUCCUCCUCUUCAUCCUCAUCCUUCUAUGCCCACUGCAGCAGAGGUCAAGAAGGAGAGAAAAGAGCCUCCGCGGAUUUCUGUGGUUAGAAAAGAGCCUCCGGACCCCAAUGCUCCAUUUGCUCCUCUUCCUCUCCAUCUCCAUCCUCCCCCUCACGUGAAGCGCCCAUCAGUGGAAGUCAAAAAGGAGAGAGAAGAGUCGUCAGAUUACAAACCCGUUUCUCUGAAGGUGACGUCAUCUGACCAUGUGAAAAAGGAUAGAAAAGACUCCGAUAGCAAAGUGCCCAAAAAAACAUCUGUUGAUGCCAAGAAAGAAAGAAAGGAUUUGUCAGAUUCCAAACCAAAACCUGCUAAAAGGCAGAGUCUGGACUCGUCAGAUUCCAAUCCAAAACGUUCUAAAAGGCAGAGUCUGGACUCGUCAGAUUCCAAUCCAAAACGUUCUAAAAGGCAGAGUCUGGAUGGCAAGAAAGACAGAAAGGACUCCACUGACUCCAAGCCCAGCCAUUCUGUGAAACGUCAUUCGACUGAUUCCAAAUCAGACAGGAGGGACUCUGUGGAUUCCAAGACUAGCAACUCACCCUCAGCUAAGAAGCUCUCUAGCGAGACGAAAGAAUUUCAUAGCUCCAAGUCGUCUCACCCUGGCCCUCUGCAGAGAAAGUCCUCAACGGACAGUAUUGAACGGAGAGGGAAACCAGAGAUGCCAAAGAUUCCCACCACCCCCACCAGUCCCAUGUCCCCCUCCUUCAGCUCAGCAGGGGUUCCCCUGUCCCUUUGCCUUGCCACUGGAGAAACCAUCAGGGACAAGUGCAUCGAGAUGCUGGCUGCUGCUCUACGUACAGAUGACAACUUCAAAGAAUUUGGGACAAACUGUGACUCCAUGGCAGCAGAGAUUGAAGAUCAUAUUUACACGGAGAUGGGAUCCACAGAUAUGAAGUAUAAAAACAGGGUGCGGAGCCGCAUCAGCAACCUGAAGGACCCCAAAAACCCUGGACUGCGGAGGAACGUCCUGGCUGGAGGCAUCGAGCUGAGACGCUUCGCCAUCAUGUCUGCUGAGGAGAUGGCUAGUGAUGAGCUGAAGCAGCUGAGGAACAAUCUGACUAAGGAGGCCAUUAGGGAACACCAACUGUCCAAAACCAGCGGUACCAUUUCUGACCUGUUUCAGUGCAGCAAGUGCGGCAAAAAGAACUGCACCUACAACCAGAUGCAGACCCGCAGCGCUGAUGAGCCUAUGACUACUUUUGUUCUGUGUAACGAGUGCGGGAACCGCUGGAAGUUCUGCUGAUGUGGCCCAGCUCCAAUGACGAUGUUGCAGACCACAUUUUUCUAUGAGGGGUUAUAAUGUUUAGCAAUGAGUAAUUUUACAAAAAUGAAUACCGGUACUUACGAUUUAUAAUUGACUUUUUAAGAUGGACUCCCGAGUGGCGCAGCGGUCUAAGGCACUGAAUCUCAUUGCAAGAGGCGUCACUACAGUUACUGGUUAAAUUCCAGGCUGUAUCACAUUCGGCUGUGAUUGGGAGUCCCAUAGGGCGGUGCACAAUUGGCCCAGCAUCAUCCGGGUUGUAAAUAAGAAUUUGUUCUUAAUUGACUUGCCUGGUUAAAUAAAGUUUACAUUUAAAAAAAUAAUAAUGAUAAAUUAAUGGGAGUUGAAAACAUUUGUGUAAGAGGCAGGGAUUGAGAGUCUCCAGAUUGAUGGCUGUGUCAUUUAAUCUGUCCUGGUUGAACACAGGUCAUUCAAUGGUGCUGAGGAGAUUCAGCAGCCUUUUAUGAAUUUCAGACAACAAAAAAUCUUACAUUUUUUUUGUAUAUUCUAUUUCAAUCUGCAAAGACCACAGAACAAAUCAGAAAUACAGUAUGAAAGCUUAUCAUGCAACCCAUUUCAAUUAAGACAUAUUUACUGUUAAUAUCUCAAGCCCCAACUUCUUUAUUGUCACCGUUUGGGCUUCAGUUUGGACUUAAGGGAAUAAUAUAAUUCAUUUUUCUAGAUAAGUUAAAGACCAAAAAACUAUUUGACAUUUCAAAAGAGCAGCUAAAAUGUCUAUAAAUAUUUAUGAAUAAGUGGAGUUGGUUAUUUUCAUAAGUACAGUAUAAUAUAUAGAAUAGUAAUAACAUAUUUGCCUACGUAUUGCUUUGCAGCAUAAUGAGUAAACAGUAUUGAAAUUAUGCUAAUUUAUCAAAAAUUAUGUCAUUGUCAAAUUGAUCAAACAGGUGAAAUGGAAUGUCAAUAUACUGUACCACUAAGAGUAGCCACAAGAUGGCAAGGAAGAAAAAUAACAGCACCCACUUGACAUAUCAUUUAGGGAGUGAAUGUUAUUUACAGUACCAGUCAAAAGUUUGUACACACCUACUCAUUCAAGGGUUUUUAUUUACUUUUGCUAUUUUCUACAUUGUAGAAAAUGAAGACAUCAAAUCUAUGAAAUAACACAUGGAAUCAUGCAGUAAACCAAAAAAAUCUAAACAUUUAGUAGCCACCCUUUGCCUUGAUGACAGCUUUGCACACUUGGCAUUCUCUCAACCAGCUUCAUGAGGUAGUCACCUGGAAUGCAUUUUAAUUAACAGCCGUGCCUUGUUAAUUUGUUGAAUUUCUUUCCUUCUUAAUGUGUUUGAGCCAGUCAGUUGUGUUGUGACAAGAAGGUCAGUCAAUACGGAUAUCAAGAACUUUUGAAAGUUUCUUCAAGUGUAGUGGCAAAAACCAUCAAGCGCUAUGAUGAACCUGGCUCUCAUGAGGACCGCCACAGGAAAGGAAGACCCCAGAGUUACCUCUGCUGCAGAGGAUAAGUUCAUUAGAGUUAACUUCACCUCAGAUUGCAGCCCAAAAAAUGCUUCAGAGUUCAAGUAACAGACACGUAUCAACUGUUCAGAGGAGACUGCCUUAAUCAGGCCUUUGUGGUUGAAUUGCUGCAAAGAAACGACUACUAAAGGACACCAAUGAGAAGAAGAGACUUGCUUGGGCCAAGAAACACAAGCAAUGGACAUUAGACUGGUGGAAAUCUGUCUUUUGGUCUGAUGAGUCAAUUCUUUCGAUUUUUGGUUCCAGAGUAGGUGAACGGAUCUCUGCAUGUGUGUUUCCCACUGUGAAGCAUGGAGGUGGGAUGGUGUGGGGGUGCUUUGCUGGUGACACUCUGAGAUUUAUUUAGAUUAAGGCACACUUAAACAGCAUGGCUAUGAUAGAGUGCUGCAUCAGAUGACCUGGCCUCCACAAUCACCCGACCUCAACUCAAUUGAGAUGGUUUGUGAUUAGUUGGAGCGAAGGAAAAGCAGCCAACAAGUGCUCAGCAUAUGUGGGAACUCCUUCAAGACUGUUGGAAAAGCAUUCCAUGUCAAGCUGGUUGAGAGAAUGCCAAGAGCGUGCAAAGCGGUCAUCAAGGCAGAGUGGCUACUUUAAGGAAUCUAACAUAUUUUGAUUUGUUUACAAUUUUUGGGUUACUACAUGAUUCCAUAAGUGUUAUUUCAUAGUUUUGAUGUCUUCACUAUUAUUCUACAAUGUAGAAUAUAGUAAAAAAAAUAAAGCAAAACCCUUGAAUUAGUAAGUGUGUCCAAACUAUUGACUGGUACUGUAUAAUGAGGGUUACAUGGAGAAAAAGGAACCUCAGAAAUUAAAACUGAUAGGCCUUCAGCAAAAUAUAUUUAACACUUUAAAAAAACAAGUGACCCUCCCCUAUAACCAAAAUAAUAAAGUAUAAAGUGGAUAGCAGAGAACAUGUCUACCAUUUAGCCUCACUUCUUGGACAGAACAGAGCUUUAGAUAUGCAGUUUUAGGAACUUUUAACCAUGGCAUUGCAGAAAUUUUGAUAGCUCACAGGGCUGCAGGCCAGAAGGUUGUGGGUUCGCAGACCACCAUGGACAAGAGUAGGGGUGGAAAGAUCUCCUUUAUAGUAAAAACAUUGCAUGAAUCUAAAAAAUGCCAUGUUAUACACAUUUUACACAUUAGCAGAAUCUUUAAUACCACACAAAUUACCAAAAUUACAGGCUAAGAAUGGACAGAGAGCUUGCGGAGAGAGCAGAGGAUAUGUCCCGCAGGCGGACAGGCCAAACUUGAGAGCUUUCAAGUGUGACUUAGGUCAAGCAGAAUAUCAUUGCCACAAAUCAAAAAUCAAAAUGAAUAAAAUAAUAUAGAACCAUGAGCUAAGAAACGUAUUUGAAAGCAUCAAAUUGUCCACCAACAAUAGUUACAUGUCUUUGUCAAGUUUUCACUCUCAAUUUCUCAAAUUGCUCUCUAUAGAAGAUACAGAAAAUGGAAUUAGUAGUAUGAAGUCUAAGGGUUUAAUCCCAAUUUAAAAUCAUUGUUGCUCAAAUUUUUUCCAAAUUACAUCAAUUCAUGAUUUUCAAAAGUCUCAGUUGUGUUUAACAGUGUCUGUGUGGGAACUAACCAAGUCGAUGAGUGUGUAUUAGGGACUGGACAUCACUGAGGGGUAGAGGGGCGGCAGGGUAGCCUUGGACUAGUAACCGGAAGGUUGCAAGUUCAAACCCCUGACUGCAGGUCUAUAACCUCUCACAUAGCCUCAGUGGUGUGUAUUCAUGGGUACCAAGGGAAGCCAGGCUUCUACAAAACAAUUACCAAGUAAAAAAAACAAUUAUUUUAUCUUUCGUCUCUCUUGUGUUUCAUAAUUUUCCUUCAAUUCACAAGAGGCUGAAUGUACUGUAUCUCACCGGAGAAAGCAUUCGAGUGAAACGGUGCCCCUGUGUCUCUAUAUGUGUACGCCAUCUAUCUAAUGCUGUCUGGUCCAAAAGAGUAUGACAUUGUUGCCACAUGUAGCAUUGAAAGCAAAGGAAGUCAGCAAGCAUUUGGCCUCCCUUGAUAAAAAAAAAGUAUAAAAUAAUUGCCAAUCAGCGUUGAGCUAAACUGGGUGUGCUCAACAGUGAAUGAUCCUGGCUCACCAAAAAAGUGUCAAGGGAAGCCACUUUGGAUAUGGCGUCACUCCUAUCAAAUUGCAUUGAGAGCAUGUGACCUGAUUCAGGAAACCAGGCAAGUCACAUUUUUAAAACUCAAAAUGUGUUUUAUUUGGCAGAAAUGCUUUCUCAAACGUGAACUUUCAUGUGCCUUAAUAACAAACUAGUAUGCCAUCUGUAAUACGAAUAAAAUUGUUAAAUUACGAGCCUUGUUGGUUAAGCCACAGAAAAAGCGAGCAACCACUAGCCAUGAUUGGCUGAGAUAAUGAGUGGGCUGGACAUGCCGAGAGAUGAGUUCAGAUUGGUCUGCCAUAUAGAUCUUCUGGCUAUUUGAGCUCAUCAGUCUGUGUUGGUAAUCCUGUCGAACACGGCUUUAAAAAUAAUAAUGUAUUGUGUAGUGAAGCUGCAAAAGUGUUCUCCACUUUCUGGAGAAUCAAGUUUUGAAAUCAGUGGAAUUAGAGUAUGAUAGCUAAAUAUGGGUGGCAGGUAGCCUCGGGAUUAGAGUGUUGGACUAGUAACCAAAAGGUUGCAAGAUCGAAUCCCGAGCUGACAAGGCAAAAUAUGCCAUUCUGCCCCUGAACAAGGUAGUUAACCCACUGUUCCUAGGCUGUCAUUGAAAAUAAGAAUUUGUUCUUAACUGACUUGCCAAGGUAAAAAAAAAAAAAAAAACUUUAACUGGAGGCAAGUCACCUCUGCAAUAGAAAAAAACAGGUUGGUCGCCACAUUAAUUCACGGCAUUCAUUGAAAAAAGGAACACAUUUACUGUUUUUUUGCCUUCUAAUGUACCAUGGACAGAUUGAAUUCUUCUUUGCCUCUGAGGAAUCAGGUGACAAAGGGGCACUUUAUUAGCAAAUUUGAAAGUGCAGGUUAUUCUUUGCCGCAAGAUAUAACACAUGGUACUUGCUUUCAUGUUGUGCCCCUAUUGGAAACCCCUGUCAACAGUUGUAAUUGCCCUUGAGCAUGUUUUGGGCAAAGUUGUUUUCCGUGACUUGACAUCCAUGCCCGGUAUUGUGUUUGCAGCUAAUUUCCCAAACACACUUGAGAAAAGCUAGGUAUAUGCAACAAAUUACUUGUGUUGGAACAGUAUGAAUGUAUAUUGAAUGAUGAAUUAAUAGAAAUAAAUCAUAUCUGCUCCA